CUCCAGCUCAUGUAUAAAAUGUGGAUCCAUCCGUAUUUCGGUUGUCAGUUAAUGCCCAUCGGACGAAUCACUUCCACCAGAGCACCAUGAGCACCGCGUCGCUUACCUUCUAUAUGAUCAGUCUGUUCUUCAUCUGUGCCGUCAGUUUGAAUGCGGGCAUGCCAACCAGGAGAUCCAUAUCGGAAUUAUCCCUCCAAGAACGCGAGGAGCUUUACCGCCAAACACCCCCAGUUCCCGACGAGCGACUGGCCGACGCCGAAUUGGAUAGUGCCUACGAUACGUUCAACCUGAGACCUCGAAAACCCACGGAAAACCCCAGAAGAAUUUAAAAUGCAUCCCACUUGUGUACUACUUGUGAACACGAAAAUAUGUGUGCAUUUUGAUACACCUAUGACGUGUUAAUUAUGGUUAUGGCUAUUUACUUUUAGUUCUUCCUAAGCUUAGGCAAAAUGUAUAAGCAUAAAAUAAAACAAUUACUUUGGUGAAA